AUGGCCCGUUGGUCAGGAGAUAAAUCAAGGCUGCCAAGGGUCACUCACUGCACUCACAGAGGGUAUCUUGGCCGCAGAGGUUUUGACCUUGGGGCGGCUUCUCAGCCAUGGACCAGCUCCGCCUUGGGACCUGAUUGGAUCUUGUCGGACCAACCGUCCCGUGUAAUUAUACUCUCGUAUUUUGAUGCUCUGAGUGGUGAAGUUGGGAACACAGUGAUAAAGCUGUGGGACUCUGUCAACUCCUUGGCUGCGGAGAAGGGACUCUGGCAGGCAUCCCUGCGUGACCGUCCAGUGAGGCUCAGUUAA